AUGGCAACCAGUGAUGUGGCUGUAGGCAUCAUCUUCCUGGCACAGACUGUGGUUGGAGCUCUGGGCAAUUCCUGUCUUCUCCUCCAUUACCUGGUCCUUUACUUCACUGGGUGCAGGGUAAGACACACAGACUUGAUUCUUCAGCACUUGUUUGUGGCCAACUUGUUAGCUCUCCUGUGUAGAGGAGUUCCCCAGACAGUGGCAGCUUUUGGAGUGAAAGAUUUCCUCAGUGAUUUCGAAUGCAAGAUGCUUUUCUAUCUUCACAGGGUGGGCAGGGGUGUAUCCAUGGGUAGCACCUGCCUCCUGGGUGUCUUCCAGGCCAUUAAGAUCAGUCCUGGUGACUCCAGAUGGGCAGAGCUUAAAGUGAAAGCUCCCAUGUACAUUGGCUCCUCCAUAUACCUGAGCUGGAUCCUGUACCUCCUUGUAAAUGUUGUUUUUCUUAUGCACAUGACUGGGAGAAGAAGCAACAAAAAUUUCACAAUUCUAAAAGAUUUCGUAUACUGUUCUAGUGUUCGUCAUGACACAACCACAGACUCACUGCAUGCAGCAUUGCUAACCUUCCCUGAUGUCGUGUGUGUGGGGCUCAUGCUCUGGGCCAGCAGCUCCAUGGUGCUCAUCCUGCACAGGCACAAGCAGAGAAUGCAGCAGGUUCAUAAGCCCAGCUCCCCCAGGUCCUCCCCUGAGUCCAGAGCCACCAAAACCAUCCUCCUCCUGGUGAGCACCUUUGUCUCUUUUUACACACUUUCCUGCGUCUUUCAGGUUUGCUUGUCUGUUUUGUAUAAUCCCCACUGGCUGCUGGUAAACACAUCUCUGUGGAUCUCUGGGUGUUUCCCAGCUGUCAGCCCCUUUCUGCUCAUGAGCAGAGACUCCAGUGGCAGCAGGUUCUCCUUUGCCUGGAAAAGGAAUAGGAAAACCCCUGAUCUGUGA